AUGGCAUCUCAAAUAACUAUUUUGUUGCUGUGCAUUGUAGCUGUUGUAAUAAUACAAGAAGCUUCAUGUUUCCCAGAACCACAACACCACCACCAUGGCCAUCAUCAUCAUGGUGGUCAUCACGGAGAAAACGGCUAUGGUAAUGGAGAGUGGGGAAACGGCUAUGGUAAUGGACAGUGGGGAAAUGGUUAUGGAAAUGGACAAUGGGAAAAUGGUUAUGGUAAUGGACAAUGGGGAAAUGGUUAUGGAAACGGCUACGGAAACAGCUAUGGAAACGGUUAUGGAAAUGGUUAUGAAUAUGGCAACGGAUAUGGAAAUAGUUAUGGGCAAGAACAAGGUGGAAUUUUGGGAGCAUUAUUUGGCUUAUAA